AGAGAGGAUCUGGAGGAGAGAGGAGGAGGAGGAGGCGGAUCUGGAGGAGGAGGGGGAGGCGGGGGAGUCGGUCCCCUCCGCUCGUCGCGCGGCCUCCUCCCCGGCACCUCGCCGCAGCCCGCACUCGCAGCUCGCGGCCAUCAGCAGCAUGUCUUCGGGCUUCUCCUCCGGAUCGGACACAUGUUCUGCCAUGGACGGCGAGACUUCCAUUAAGACCAAGCGUCAUCGCACAGUGGAGGACUUCAACCAGUUCUGCACGUUUGUGUUGGCUUACGCUGGCUACAUCCCACACUCCGACGAAGGCGGGAGCGUGAACGCGACCCUGAGCGUCGGCACCACGGACAGCUCUCUGGACGGGGACAGCUGGACGUCGGCCCGCUCCCCCCGCCCCCAAACCCACGAGGGCAGUGCCCCCAAGAAGCCCAAGCUGUCCGCGGGCAAAGGGCAGGGCCAGGGGCACGGCCCCGGGCCACUCGCGACGCAGCCCUCGAGCAACGGGGCCGGCAGCGGCGGAAAGGGCAGCGGUGGCAUCCGUCGCGCAAAGGCGGACGGCUCGCUCGCUCACCGCAGGCACCACCAUCAUCACAACCGCCACCGCCACCACCGCAACCACCGCAACCACCAUCACAACCACCGCAAUGGAGGAGGAGGAGGAGGAGGAGGGGGUGGAGGAGCUGGUGUUGGUGGAGGAGGUGGGUUGGGAGGCGGUGGAGGCAACAACAACAACGGCAGCAACAGCAGCAGCGGCAGCAAUGCCCGCCACUUCCCGGCGGUCAAGAAGCACAAGUCGCAGGCGCGACUGUCCAUGUCGCCCGUCAAGCAGAAGGUGAAGAAGAGCAAGAAGAAGAAGAAGGCCGAGAAGGCCGAGAAGGCGAAGUUGUUGAAGGCGGCGGCAGCGGCGGCAGCGGCGACGCAAGCGGCGGCCGCCACCGCAACCGCCACCGCAACGACAACGACGCCGGCCAAGGACGAGAAGAAGAUGGCCGCGGCCAAAGCGUUUGCGUCGGCGGCGGCCGCCGCGCUGGCUCGGGCCAUCAAGACGGAGCCGGUCGCCGACGACGACGAUGCCGGCGAAGACGGCGACGUCGCCGGCGGCGGAGAUGGAGGCGCUGGCGCCGGAUCGACCUCGGAACUCGACACGGACGAAGAGAUCGAGGCCAUCCUGGCGCGCGAGCGAUCCUGCGGGCUCCGGCUGCCGCGAGUCGCCGGACGAGAGGACGCCGACGAAGACGGCGGCGACGAGGACUUUGACGAGAACGACGAGGACUUUGACGACGACGACGAUCUCGACGACGUCGAUUACGACGACGUGAGGGUGGCGCCCAAGAGGACAGAGGCGGCGGCAACGAGGACGUCGUUGGCGAGGAAAAUGCCGGGGCUGAGGGCGUGCGGCAAGAAGUCGAAGGUGAAGGCUUACCGGGACCAGGACGACGAAGACAUUAUGGUGGACUCCGACGACGCGUCGUGGAAGCUCAUCACGUGCUACUGCAUGAAGCCGUUUGCCGGGCGGCCGAUGAUCGAGUGUGACGAGUGCGGUACUUGGGUGCACCUCUACUGCGCCAAGAUCCGCAAGUCCAACGUGCCGGACGUGUUCGUGUGCCAGCCGUGCCGGGAGGCCAAGCACGACAUUCGCCGCUCGAGCCGAGCCCACAGGAGCCCGCGCAAGCACCUCCCGGACUGACGUACCCCACGUGCGGCUCCACCAUUGUGUCGAGCUGCGGCCAAAACUCAGCGCUUCUCCAGGACUGACGUACCACCAGCCCGCCGUGUCCCCUUGCACGCGUCAACCCCCCCCCCUCCCCAUGCAUCUCCACCACUAUCAAAGCGUUCCCGGACUGACGUACCGCCAGUCACGGAUCCUCCUGCCCCUCUUCCCCUACCUCGUUGUGUCUUCCCUGUCCUGUGCCUCCACUAUCCCUGUGUCUUUUCAUGCAUCUUGUCUUCACUACCAGAGCUGAUAGGAAAACUCACCACCUGACCGAUGGUACCACUAGACUGAUGGUACCACUACAAUACCAGAGCUGCUAUUUAAAGUUAUUAAAGUACUGGACACCCCCAAGACUGACACACCACACCACCAACCCCCCCCCCCCCCCGUCUCCCCCCCUCCCCGUGUCCCCAGAUUUAACGGCACACACGCAAAUGUGUGCAGCAUCGGACUCAGCCUUAUCCAGACCACCAGGUCAAAAUAACUGAAUGUGUGGCCAUUUUGUUGUUUAGACCACCAAUUGAAAGAGUUGAGGAUAUGUGGCCCUUCCCAUAGGCAGCAUUUAAACAUGAAGAAGAACGUAGACCGGCUUUUGUCACGUCAGUCAUCAGUGUCUCUGGAAGCCUCGUAUAUGAAGAGGACUCGCCUUUACAAUAUGGGGGACACCCAUUGGCAUUUGCCCAAAGGCAACAAUCAUUUGAGUCUGUAAAUUACGAGACAACAGAAGAUAAACAUUACUGCAGGAAACAUUUUAAAACACGCAGGUGUGCGACAAUGCACGUACAAAAAGCCGUCAGUCUUGAAAAGAAAGCAAAAAAACUGAACCUCCCAGUCACUUCCCCACCUCCCUGCCCUCCCCUGGUGUCUAUCCAUUGCCAGAUAUAUGAGAUAACUAUAAUAAAAACAAUUAUAAUAAUCAUAACAAAAACAUCAGAGCAGCUCCUGGACUGACGUACCACUGAACCAACUCCUCUGUUUGUCUCCAUUUUCCAGAGCUGUUGAAAAAAAAUAAUAACAACAAAGAUUCUGCACGUACCACUGGACUCUCCUUCCCUCUCGCCGUGUCUCUUCACUGCUCCCAGAGUUACGAAACAUUUCAUCAAGCAGAGACUUAAUUCUAUUUGGACGAGCCUUUUGUGUUUUAGGUGAAAUUCUUUGUUAGUAUUUUGAAUGCGAUUUUUUUUGUUGUUGAAUAGAUUUUUUAUUUACAUUCAAAAAUGUACCUAAAUCAUAUCCUGAGUACAGCAAGUAAGUAUCGAUUACUUGAUGCUGCCAAUAUUACUAUUGGAAUCAAGUAAUUGGAUGAAUAAUUCGUUUGGAAAUCUGGCAGAGUUGUCUCUAGGGCUCGGCGUAUCUGAAAACGGGCUGCGGACGAGAUCUGAAAAAUCCUCCGAGUGGCUGAUUUAACUUCUACAAAGGAGAGGGGGCUCUCUCCCAUGCACUCUGAUUUAAGCUUAUCUGUCAAAAUGAUCGUCACACUUUGCAUGUGAUGUGUUAUAUUUGGCAGUUAUUGGUUACCUGGCUGACCAUCAAUUCACGAAGCUUGUGUUUAAACCACGGUCGGUUGAAAACCCAGCUUUGAACCUCUGAUUUCAGUGGCACCCUCUAGGGUUAUUGUCAUCUGUAUGCCCUUUAGCUUUACACAUUUGUCAGUUAUUCGUAUUUUCUCUGUUUAACUUAUUAAUUUGAAAACAUUGUAAAAAAAAAUUAGUUGAAAACUGCCCUUCAUUUUUUUCAAAUUUUCGUAUCAAAAAUGCAAGUCGUUUCCGUUACCUUUUCUGUUCUCUCUCUCGUGACAUUUCAUAGUUUUUUUUAUCUUCAAUUUGUACAUUUCCCGUUGAUAUUGUUUAUUACUUAUGUUUGUAUAUUUUUCCUUUGCACUGACGCCUUGUAUACAGUGGUUCCCUCGUUAAUUGUGAAUAAGCUAUUAAAUACUUUAGAUUUAUCUCA